UUCAGACGCGUAACGACUUCCGUCAGUGGCGUCACUGCUGUUGGCAAAGAUGGCGGUCUCCUGUGUGCGAACCAUGGGUUUGGUUCUUGGAAAAUCUGUGAAUUGUAGCUCGAGUUUAGACGCUGUGAUGUCACAACUGAGCCGACAGGUCCUGGGCAGGCAGAUAUGUGUGAGCUGCGCACUUCAUAGAAAGAACCUGGCAGCUGCAGGCCCGGAGAAGUUCACAGUGGAGUUCAUUCAAAAGCAAGCGGAGGAGUUUAACAUCGGGAAAAGGCACCUGGCCAACAUGAUGGGAGAAGACCCCGAGAGCUUUACACAGGAGGACAUAGAUAGAAGUAUCGCCUACCUCUUCCCCUCCGGCCUGUUUGACAAGAAAGCACGGCCCCUCAUGAAGCAUCCAGAGGAAAUAUUCCCAAAGCAGAGAGCGAUUCAGUGGGGAGCAGACAGACGGCCUUUCCACUUCCUGUUUUACACUGGCAAGCAGAUGUACUACUCCGUGAUGCAUGAAUUGUACGGCAAAAUGCUGAAGAUAGAGAAAUAUCAAGAUCAUCUGAGAGCCAAAGGACUCUUCUCUCAGGAUGUCAAGCAGAUCUCUCUAGGCACAAGCCGGUGGUUCACGAAGGAGGAACUGGAGGCAUUGCUGGUGGAGACCAUAUCAACUCAUGAUUACAAUCACUUCAUCCAGCUGAUGGAGCGCCUGCUCUCCCUGCCCUAUUGCGCCACAGAGGUGGAGUUCGUCCUGCGUUACCGCCGGCAGCUGGAGGCUCCGUCCGCAAAGCGAAUAGUGCCACUGCUGCAGAGGGAUGAAUGGGGCGUGGCCUUCAGCACUUCAGAUGGCUGCAGGAAGACAUCGAACUGCUCUGUGGUCCUUCGAGAGUGUGGAUCUGGAUGCAUCACCAUUAAUGGCCAAAACUAUCUCCACUACUUCCCCACCCUACAAGACAGAGAGCAGCUAAUGUUUCCAUUCCAGUUCACGGGCAUGCUGGGACGCUUCGACCUGGAGUGCACCGUGAGUGGCGGCGGCAGGUCCAGCCAAGCGGGGGCACUGCGACUCGCCACCUCUCGUGCCCUGCUUAGUUUUCUGUCUGAGAGAGAGGCGGAGAAUAUGAGACAAGCUGGUCUGCUGACCCCCGACCCAAGAGUGAGAGAGAGGAAGAAGCCAGGACAAGAGGGAGCACGAAGGAAGUUCACCUGGAAUAAACGCUGAGGUGGAGGAGAAGUACAAAACAUGCAGACUGAUGUCUGGCAACCACUGGCCGCCUUUCAGAUGAUUCAUCUUUUCUUCCCAGAGACUGUCUCUUGUAUCUAGCAUUGAAGCUCUUUGAUAAGGCUUCAUACAUUCUCACAUGGCAGCCAUGUUUUGACAAUGCAGGCCAGAAUCAACAAGGUGCAUUGUGCUCCCACAGCCACCAGAUGGAAGUGUGUGUCAAGGAAUAAAUGAAAAAGCUGAGUUUAUCAUUUAGUUCAUCAAUCAAUGGGUUACAUUUUUAUUGUAUAGAAAUAUAUGGGUUGUAACCAUUUCAUGUUUUCUGCACAUUUUCUGAUGUAUUUCAGUUUAACUGUAUUAAUGAGUUUGGUAUAUUUUAGGCUACAUACCAACAUAGAGUACAUACAGUAUUGGUUCAGCUUAAAAUCAAAACACAGACAUAAACAGGAGGAAACAUUUAACAGAAAAUGUCUUUUAAGUGUAGGAAUAAGUUUAUUCAGGAUUUUAAUGCUUAAUGAUCCAAAUGUGUUUAAUGCAUAAUGUAUUUUAGCACAUAUUUCACCAAUGUAACAUUGCAGAUGUUUAACAUUCAGCUUUUAUUAUAAAAAAAUGUUGC